AUGUUAAUGACAUUGUCACUCGCGGGCUGUAGAGCUUCACCGAUUAUUUCUUGUAACACAGGGACUGUAGACAUACGCCCUCCUUCUCCUCCGUUCCAACUCUGCUUCAAUGACCGUUGCAAGACCUUCAACCAUAGCGCAGCAGUGAUGCGAUACGAACUUGUGCCGUUUCCACAUACGCUGAACUACAGGAUAAUGCUGCGAUCUGAAAGUGUCCUCGUACAGCGCAUUUGCGAUGCUGCACCAUUUUGUGAUAACGCUGCCAAAAUUCUAUCCAAAUCCUUAAUUGGCAACCCGUAUUGUUGGCCUGUGGGUGCAAUAAUAUCUGCCACCUUCCGCCCUGCAGCCUUUACUCCGGCCGCGUCAUCGCUCGCGCUUUUAGUGGCACUGUUUGCAGCGCUGACCUCACCUUGUCAGGAUGGGUAUAUGAGACAUUCUGUCGACUUAAUCUGCUCGCAACAAAACUUUUGCCACUACGAAUACAAACAAGAAAUUCUGUUCAACAGUGUGCAGUCAAGUCUCUGCGUGCUGUUACGCCAACGAAAUUCCACUGUUGGCUAUGUCAAGGUUACACGCACAGCCGAGACGUUGUUCUGCCAAAAAAUUUCUCACUUUUGGACUAGAGACACUACCAAUGCGGUACAACAAGUGACACGAUGCCGCGGCAUGGGAUCAUGUUACGGCGACAAGUGCGAAACAGUAGCACCCACCGAAAUCAUUCCUGAACUAAACUCUACUAUAGUUCAUCCGGGAUACACCGCGUGCUCUUUACAGUGCAGUGGAGUCAACUGCAUAUGCGCUAUCCCAUUCAGAGCAUGCUCGUUUUAUCGCGUUUCACACAUCCCUGUCUCACCACUAGUAUACGAGAUAUUCGAAUGCUCUGCUUGGGUUCCCAGGAUAACCUUAGACAUAGAAAUAGACCUUUUCAGUGUCAGAAAAAAGGGUCAGCUCUCUUUAGCACCCUACGCAACAAAAGAAUUCGCGAAUUUCAAAUUCACCGUAAUAUCAUUGCAAACCCCAGAACAAGGACUGCAUCAGAAAUAUGUGCAAGCAAGCAACGAAACCUUAGCGGUACCGGCCAACUUCCUUUUUCCAAUAGCUUGCGCCACUCAGCAACAAGCGCGCUUCAACUUUUCAACGUGUAACAACUUACACUAUUGUGAUUGCGACGUUUCCGGAAUUAAACCAAGCUGCCGUUGCCCUCAUAACACCAUAGAGCAACUACGUCGCAAUAGUGAAAACGUUCUACCUAUUUCGGCACCCCAGAUUGAGAUCCUUAGAGGAGAAAACACAGUGUUUGCGCGAACUAACAACAGCGAAGUAACCAUAGCCAUUGCUUCCAAAAACCACCUACAGCGUGCGCAGUAUCACGUUGAUAUUCCUUGCUCGGUGCACAUGCAAAAGCUCAACGGCUGUUACAGUUGCAGCCACGGUAGCUCUGUCAUGGUGUCAUGCUUCGCUUCCAUGAAAUCGUGGACAACGAUUAGUUGUGCGAAUUCUAUCUUUUCCGUCGAGUGCACACCGGAAAACAAAACCACGAUGAUAAGAAUGACGUUUGAUAGCGCAGUCGUAAAGACCAAGUGCGAAAGCAUUUGCGGUAACAGAACCAUCUCAGUAGAACUCAACGGUAUACUACACUAUGUUUCGUACCAGGGACCAGUGGAUAUUUUUCUAACAAACUCAUCCACAAAAAUACCCCAACUAGACUGGUUUGACGACGCUCACCUCCCGGAUUUAUAUCCUCUGUGGUUAGUACUUAUCACUCACUGGAAAAUCACACUAGUCAUGACUAUCAUUCUUGCAAUUGUAGUCCUUCUCACCUACAUCUUCGGACCGAUAGUCCUAAUUACCUUGGCAAAACUCUUAGCGUCAGCUACAGUUUUUUCCAUCAAAACCGCAUGGGUUAUACUCAAGAAUACCGCUAGUGGACUACUGAGUUGUGUACGAUCGAUUAAAUCCUUGAGACGCAUGUAUCAAUAA